AUGAGAGCAGCACUAGUAGUAGCAGCUUCGUUGCUAGCAGUAUCGCGCGGGGAAAGCCAAGCAUCUAUACCCGCAUACAACCUCGACCAGCCGUACCGGGGGAGUGUAUCUGACGGGACACCGGCACAGCUGGGAGUGAAUCCUCCUCAAAGCGUUUCCUAUCCAUACACGACAGAUUAUCCAAGCAUCCUCGUACGUCCAGUGGCGCAAGACGCCGAGAAUGCCACCGAAUUCGACGUGAUGGGGGAGUGGGGAGUGAACAUGCCCUACAAAUCAGCACCAUCCUUAAUACACAACACUUCCCCAUUCCCACCGCCCAUGUGCACCGUUGCGGGAGUGACGCUGCUGCAGCGACACGGCGAGCGCUAUCCGUCGUCGUGGGACCAGGCGCGCGACGCUGCUGAGGCGAUUAAGGGGCUGCGUAACGGUAACGACGAGCUUAAUCACGCUCAGGUUCACUUUACCGGCGAGCUUGCCUUCCUCAACAAUUACACUUAUCCACUCGGCAAAAGCAAACUUACUUCGGUCGGCAGGCAAACGAUGUAUGAGCGCGGUGUGCAUUUCGCUGUGCUCUAUGGAGCUCUAGUGGAUGGAAGGGGCGAGGACGAUGGGCACGAUCAGUACAACCAGCACAAAAUGGUAGUGCGCACGACCACCGAGCAGCGCAUGUUCAGCUCUGCAAUCCUCUUCCUGCACGGACUGUUCGGCGAGGAGUGGGAGGAGCACGCGCAGCUUGUCCAGCAGAUUGAAGAGGACGGCUUCAACUCCACUCUCAACGUCUGGAAUACGUGCAACAGGCCAGAUGCAGAUCAGGGCGAUCCGCGCAAGGAUCAUUGGCAGGCUAUAUACCUUCAAAGCGCUGUUGAUAGGCUUUCGGAGAUGGUCGUGCACGCCAAUUUCACUAUCGCAGAUGUGGCGGGUAUGCAGGAUCUAUGUGCAUACGAGACAAUCGCACUGGGCUACUCUGCCUUCUGCUCUCUCUUCACUAAGGACGAGUGGAUGGGCUAUGGGUAUGGAUACGACUUGUAUCACUAUGGUGACGCUGGCUUUGGCGGUCCUGUCGCUAAAGCGAGUGGUUUAGGCUGGGUAGAAGAGCUGCUCGCGCGACUUACCAACGAUCGCGCUAAUGUGGCGUACCAUAGCUCCACUAACUCCACGCUGGAUACAGAUCCUAAGACAUUUCCCACAGACCAGCCCGUCAAUAUUGAUUUUACACACGAUGUGACUAUUGGCGAGGUGGUAACUGCGCUCAACCUCACGCAAUUUGCUCGUCCACUGUCUCAAGACUAUAUUACAGAAGAGCAGACACGCUGGAAAUCGAACGCUAUCAGCCCAUUUGCUGCAAACUUGCUCGUCCAAACGCUGUCAUGCGACGGUGCACAGUAUGCAAGGGUAGUCCUCAAUGACGCUGUUCAGCCUCUAGAUGGAUUGGGUGAGUGUGCCGGUGAUGGUCAGUCUGCACUGGGAUUGUGCAGCAUGGACACUUUCAUCGAGGCUCUCCGCCAAGUUAAAACAGAAAUAGAUUUUACUUUUGACUGUUUUGGUGAUUUUAAUAACACCCACGUUGUCCAUAAUGGCGUGCCUGAGCUGUAA